CCCACCCUGGGCUUCUAAACAAAGACAGCAGGCGUGGGCGUCCCUCCCAAGACUAUCCGACGGCACCCGCAGGCUGCUCCCCGGGGAUCAGAAGGGCGGGCCAGGCUGGGGCAGGGAGCAGACAGCCCCGAAACGCCCAGAUCAGGGACGAGGAAGGGAGACGAGACCCCUCCCCUUGCCGUGUCUAAAGGCAAAUAUCCCAGCAGUCUCCAGCUCGGGGAGGAGUAUGGCCAGGAGGGGAGGGGAAUGAAAAAGGGGUGGGAAGGGGGGGGGGGUCUCGGAUUUGGGUUCCUGUGACCCAGGGUUGCCCCGCUGGCGGCCGCAUUUGAUUAGUCCGUAGCCUGGGGAGCCUCCUUCUCCCCUGCCCCCUCCCCACCCUGACGCAGUGGUGCAGCCCCCAUUUAAACCGGCCACGUAGCCGCCUCUCUCCCCCAGGCCCCAAGCCUUCCCCGAGCCCGCCUAGCACCGGAGCAGCCUGAGGAGGCUCCGAGAGCCCCUGACAGCCCCGGGGGCGUCCAGACCAGACUCUGCCCCUGCGCCCUCCAACCCCCUGGUCAGCUGCGGCCCCCGCACACACCUGGAUUGCUCCACCCUCGCCCCUAACCCUAGGGAAGAAAGGGAACCUCCAAGAGCGGGGACCGGGGGGCUCCCCUAGUGGGCUGGCACCUGCGAGGAGGAGGGCAGUGAGCGGGGCUGCUGCUCCAGGAGGUGACCAUGGCUGGGCUCCAUGAGCUGCGAUUCACUGAAGAGAAGCCGCUGCUCCGAGGUCAAGACACUGAGCUGGAGAACUCUGAUGCCUUCCUCUCAGCUGUGGACACGGACUGGAAGGAACAUGACAUAGAGACCCCAUAUGGCCUUCUCCAUGUGGUGAUUCGGGGCUCUCCUAAGGGAAAUCGCCCUGCCAUCCUCACCUACCAUGAUGUGGGGCUCAACCACAAACUCUGCUUCAAUGCUUUCUUCAACUUUGAAGACAUGCAGGAGAUCACCAAGCACUUUGUGGUGUGCCACGUGGAUGCCCCCGGGCAGCAGGCAGGGGCAUCGCAGUUCCCUCAGGGGUAUCAGUUUCCCUCGAUGGAGCAGCUGGCCGCUAUGGUCCCCAGCGUGAUCCAACACUUUGGGUUCAAGUACGUGAUUGGCAUUGGGGUUGGAGCUGGAGCCUAUGUCCUGGCCAAGUUUGCUCUGAUCUUCCCUGACCUUGUAGAGGGCCUGGUGCUCAUGAACAUUGACCCCAAUGGCAAAGGAUGGAUUGACUGGGCAGCCACCAAGCUCUCAGGCUUGACAAGCACUUUACCCGACACCGUUCUUUCUCACCUGUUCAGCCAGGAGGAGCUGGUGAACAACACAGAGUUGGUGCAAAGCUACCGGCAACAGAUCAGCAGCACGGUGAAUCAGUUCAACCUUCAGCUCUUCUGGAACAUGUACAACAGCCGCAGAGAUCUGGACAUAAACCGCCCCGGGACAGUCCCCAAUGCCAAGACCCUUCGCUGCCCAGUGAUGCUUGUGGUCGGGGACAAUGCACCUGCAGAGGAUGGGGUGGUCGAGUGUAACUCCAAGCUGGACCCAACCAAUACCACCUUCCUGAAGAUGGCUGACUCUGGUGGACUUCCCCAGGUCACACAGCCUGGGAAACUGACUGAAGCCUUUAAGUACUUCCUUCAAGGCAUGGGCUACAUGCCAUCAGCCAGCAUGACCCGUCUGGCCCGGUCCCGUACUGCCUCCCUGACCAGCGCCAGCUCUGUAGAUGGCUCUCGGCCCCGGGCCUGCACCCACUCGGAGAGCAGCGAGACCCUGGGGCAGAUCAACCCCACCAUGGAGGUAUCCUGCUGAGGCCCCACUACCACCCUGGAGACACCUCACACUUCCCCAUCAUCAUCGAAUCACCAUCCAACUGCCGUACCUGUGCGCCUGCCCACACUUUCUUGGUUUUAUUUGGGGGGGGAGGGAAGAGGGAUUUACUUCUUUUGUUUUGUUUCAUUUUUUUAAAAAAAAAAAGGAAAAAAAAGAGAAAAGAUAAAUAUUCCAAGAAGGAGGAGAACCACCUUAGAAAAAACCACAGCCCAGCAGUCUCCAAAGUGUUCAGGGAGUUUAGUGACCCUAUUUGUCAUCCCCUCCCAGGUAGGGAACCUCUCCUUCCUCCCCCUGGGGGAAGCCAGACCCAUUCUUUGGGUGGAGAUGGUCCCACCUGAGGACUUUGCCCCUUCACCCAGCCCACAAAUGUCCGCCCCCCAGGUGAGGAAGUCAGGCACAAGAUGGGGGGCCUUCCUCCCCAAUCUGCUUGGACAUUGGAUCCAGGAGUUUAGGGAAACAUCCCACAGCCCUGGUUUGCUGAGCUAUGCUAAGAUCCAUUUCCCUGGCCAGGUUCUGGUCACACAUCAGUAAAACUUUUCACGAAGGGUCUGUAGAUGUGGGAGAAAGCUUAGCAAAGUCACUUCCUUUUGCCCCUUUGUUCCCUUUCCCCUCCCCCCACUGCCCCCAAUCCUAGACUUUUUCUCAACUGGAAGUGAGAUUGUUGAACUGUUAGCCCACCCCGGGGCAGUGUUAGGGGUCUCCAAGGUGCUGAGCAGAAAAGGGGAAAUCUCUCCCUACUUGGGAAAGGCACUGGCCCAAAGAGCCUGGAAUGAAUCAGCAGCAGAGAGGUGUUCUGAGAGGAGACAGUUACUGAUCCGUCACCCAAAGUCAUCAGCAAAGAGCCCAGGAGCAUUUACGUCUCUCCCAUACACUUCUAGAUACAUAGAUAGAUAUAUUUUUAAGUCGUUGCAUAUAUGACAAUCAAUAACAACCCAAAGUUUGAAUUGCACCUCCCCACCCUCUUUCCACCUAAGGGCACCAUGGGAAGGGUGGCCCCAGGACCCUCUCCCUAGAGGUUGCUGGGCUCUGUUGGCAGGCUCCACUGUGGACUUGGUGCUUUGCUAGCACAGCAGUAGUUUAUGACCUGGACAGAUGGGUCCCAGGAUAAGACAUGGAAGUUUCAUUUCUGCCCCAAAAGGGGAUUGGGAUCAGUAGACCUGUAGCAAUUAAUCGGAUAAGAAACAGUCUUCAGAGGCCUGGCUUGUCUGUGGGAAGGGUGCCAAGAGUUUCAGGACUGAUGGGAGUGCUUCCAAUGCCAGGAGGAGGAGGAGGAAGUGGGCUGGAGGCAGCUCUACCUACAGAGACCAGACAGAUCCUCCCCCUGAGGGGGUCUUUCUCCCUUGAGCCUUCUCUGUCUCUUGCCUUCCCUUUCCCCUAGUUUUCUUUUGGGCUAGGUUGGUGCUGCCGCAUCCAUCAAUCAUCAUGUCUGAUUCCCCUUAGUUCUAGUAGGAAAGCUCAUUCCCAUGUGAGUCCCUUUGUUGAAAUGGGCAUAAGGUCAUAUGUAGAGGGGUUGUAAUGUCAGAGAACAUCAAGCUCUGAAAAGAUCAUUCUUUUGCCUAGGACAUACCAUGAUUAGGGGGAAAGAGUCUUGAGGGAAGGAUUCCCCAUGAACAGUCUUCCAUCACCUGCCUGAUGAUCAGCUUUGGGUCAGGUGUCCCUAAGGGAAAUGCCAUUCAGUCUUUGCUGAGUAUGUACCACAUUCUUUUCCCAAUCUGGAAGGCUCGCCUUCCCUAUAUUAUCCAGAGAUUGAAAAGGCACUGACUAGGAUUCCACGGGGGUAGGAGAUGGGGUCCAGGAAGCAAAGAGGCCAGCAUUGGUGUACAGUAGAGAGACUCCUUCUUAAACCAAGUGGAUCCUCCUAAAGUUUGUCCUCUCCUAGAAAGGCAUCAGGAGGGAUAUGCUGACCAGAUAUCUUGCACAAGAUAGUAAUUUUUCCCAGCUAGAGAUAGGGAGAUCUGUGACAUCUGUCUACAGCUGGCCCAAGCUCCUGAGGUCAUGACCCCACAUGUCAUCCCAAACUCCUAGAGUUGGUCCCGGUGGAUGGCUUGUGCCACGGACACAGGAAUGGCAAACGAGUGGUUUCUGAUGGAGCUGCCACCCUUGGGCACAGUUGCGAGCAGAUUCUUUCCCAGAUGCUGAAGCUGGCGGCCUGAGGCCUCCCUUAGCAGGAGGGAAGCAGAAACAGGAGAUAAAACCUUGAGCUCAAGCCCAAGGAAGUUACAGGGAAGAUCAGAUCGCACAAACCACCAAGAGUUAGGGGAGACAGGAGACGGUAGUGAAAAUGGAAGGGCCUCGGAUCCCUGGCCUCUCCCAGUGUUUUAGGAGAGCCAAGGUUUGUGUGCACAUGUGUGUGCGUUAGCAAGCACACACUUUACACAGUUCCACUUUACACACAGUCUGGUUUAAAUAACGUUAAGCCAUCUUCAUAACCGUGCUAGAGAUUGCCAGUAUGCUUUGUUCCCCGCUGUCUUCUCCCGUGUGCUUCCUUUGAACAUUAAAUGUGAAUGUUUGAAAAGCUAAUAGAAAUAAUCCUUUUUACUGUAGAUAGUUGCUGCAACUUUUCUUGGGUUUUUUGGUGUGUUCUUUAAGAUGAGAUAUCUAUAAAUAUCUAUACAUAUUAUAUAUACAUAUAUAUAUAUAUAUUGGGUCUCUAUGUGUGGCUUUCUGUUGGAGGUGGUCUAAUUAUAUCUGUUAGUUUGCUUUCUCCCCCCACCCCUUGGUUAAGGUAAAAUUUAAUGGACUUCCUACUUCUCUGUACAAGGUGAAAAACCUAUUUUUGUGCAUUAUGGUGGCUGAUGCUAAUAUCUGCAUUGAUGCCAUCAGACUUUGAGAUGACCACAAAUGUAAAAUGAAUACAAACUCUUGUUGUAGAAGGAAUUAGCUGUGUUGAAAACUAAUAAACUAAGAAGAAUGUGA